UUUUUUGCUACUGUUCCAUUCCUCUAUCCUUUUUCCCUGAUUCCUCUACAAAUUUCUUCGAUCUAAAUAAAAUAUAAUUUGAAUUGGAUCUGUUUUUCAUGGCGAAGGAAGAAUUCCAAGAGUCCGAGGUUUUGUUUUCCGACCAAAACAGCAACCAUUACAGCACACGUGACGAGGAUGCUGCUGCUGGUAAGGACGAUGGUUACUUCGAUUACCCUGGAUUCAACAAAAACGGCCGUGUUUCAAGUAACUACAAUUCCGACAAGAAGGCGGCCGCCAGUUCGCUUCCUGUAAACAUUCCACGUCAUCACGGCGGUGCUGCUCCUUUCCAUUGCGGCGGCGAAGCUGUGGGAUUCGAGGAAUACGACGACGGCGAAAUGGAGUCUCCCCAUGCGGUUUUAGCGAGGAGAAUUGCGAGGAAAAUGGCGUUUUCGGUUUGUACGGGCAAUGGAAGGACGCUUAAAGGAAGGGAUUUGAGUCAAGUUCGAAACUCAGUUCUCAGAAUGACUGGAUUUUUGGAAGCAUGACUCUUAGUAGUAUUCAUUUAAGAAGAAGAAAGAGAUUGAUUUCCUUCUGUAUAAUCUGGGUCCUUUCAUGUUUUUCCACCUUGGGAUUCUUAAUUUAUUCAUUGUUACAGGAAAAAAAAGAAUGCAAUCAGAACAAUUAAUAAAAUUUAUCUUUUCUUAAU